AUGGCGGACGACUUCUUGAGGCUUCCUGAAUCCUUGAUUCAACAUAUAUUGUCAUUCCUUCCUUUUAAGGAAAUAGGUCGUACUUGCGUUUUAUCCAAGUAUUGGAAUAACAUUUGGUGCAUUUACCCUAAUCUGAAUUUCCGUUUGUUGGACAAUGAAAAAUUGGAUAAUCAGGUAGAAAAUCCAGAGCAUCCUUUCUUGGAUCGCGUAGAGAAUUCCUUGGGUAAGUGCCUUGCUAGGAGGCGUUUCAUAAAAGAAGUCUGCAUAGAAAUUAGAACAAGGUUAGAAGUGAAGACUUUGACACCAAAGUUAGACCGUUGGUUAGGUCUUGCUCUAGACAAGAAUGUUUCAAAGCUAGUGCUGAAUAUUGUUAAUACUCGGUGGUUGGUAUUGACACCCCCUGUUACUUAUUCUGUUCCUGAGCAAGUCUUUGUUGCAAGGACACUUGAGGUUUUGGAUUUGUCUCGUUGUACCAUAGAAGAAAAUUGCUUUGUUUGUAUUGAGCUCCCAAAUCUAGAGAAGCUCUCUCUUUCGUUAUGCAGAUUUAUCGGUGACAAUUUGCUACAAAAGAUUGUGUGUGCUUUCCCUAAGAUGAAACACUUAUCAAUUUCUCAGUGCAAAGGUGAGGGGCGCUCUCUAUCUGUUUCAUGUAAAUCUCAGUUAACAUGUUUUUUCUUGAAAAGCAGCAACGAGUUUGAGAGGGUUCAAAUUAAUGUGCCGAGUCUUCAUACAUUUUCAUUUGGAUCCGAAAAUGCUGCAUGUGCUAUUGAUGUGACUGGUUGCACAAAUCUGAGAGAGUUGUACUUGGACGGUGUUAUUGGAAUGGAUUUGGAACGCUUUCGGUCUAUAUUUAUUAGCAUUCCUGUAUUAAAGGUGUAUGCCCGUUACUUACCAAGUAAGUACAAGAUUUCAAGCCAAAGUCUUAAGAGACUCAUUCUCAAUGGUUCGGAUUAUUUCCCUGGUGUGGAAAUUGAUGCUCCAAAUUUAUUGAGUUUUGAGUUUUCCCUUACUCACGAUUUGAGUUCAGAAUUCAACUUCUGUUCCUGGAGUAUUCCAAAAGUAGAUGAUAUUAACAUGAUGUUUUCAGCCCAUAGUUUUCGAAAAGCAUGUGGGGCAGGGCUAGAGGAUUUCAUCCUGAAAUUACAUAAUUAUGAGGAUGCCAACUGGAUUAUCUUUGACCCUAAUUAUCGGGACUUCAUUAUGAUUGAGAAAUUGCAAGCUGUCUCUUUUUCUUCUCUUAAGAGUUUUGCAAGAAAGUCAAGAAGUAUAAGCAUUCUUAUAUCCUUGAAGGCUCAAAUUUCCAUGGUGUGUAGGCUUUUGGAAUCACAUUCUAUAGUGCAAACUACUAUAUCCUUGAUAUGCUCUUCCCCUCAGUUUGCUGAGUGUUUUUAUAAGAAACUUGGUAAUUGCUCUGCUGUAAAGGACAAUUAUUGCUGUGAGUUGGUGUCUCAAAGUAAGGUAAAGCAACUAGCGACUCCGGCCUGGGAAUCAUUUAUGGAGUCUAACUCAAGAGGUAAGAACCACAAUGCUGCAAUUGUCCUGGAUAAGAGGGUUCAGAGAUGAUGAUAGAGUAGAUCAUUUGAGAAAGCUCUGCUAAAAUCAUUGCAAUUAGUUGGGUUUUUGCAAUAUCCCCCAUUUCCUAAACUGUCCUUGUGGGUUCUAUCCCUGCUAUAUAUAGAUGUUUACCAGGGAAGAAGGGAUAGGAGAGUUACCCAGUUUAAGUUUGUUUUCUUUUCUUUUCUUUUCAGACGGAUUCUUGUAGGUGUUUCUU